AUGCUGAGAUAUAUAAGGAGUACAGUUGACUAUGGUAUCUUGUACAAGAAAGGUGGAGAUUGCAAGCUAGUUGGUUAUUGUGACGCUGAUUAUGCAGGAGAUCAUGAUACCCGUCGCUCAACUACUGGGUAUGUAUUUAUGCUUGGAACAGGAGCAAUCUCUUGGUGCAGCAAAAGGCAACCUACUGUGUCUUUGUCAACAACAGAAGCAGAGAACCGAGCAGCAGCAAUUGCAGCUCAAGAGAGUACUUGGCUCAUACAACUCAUGAAGAAUUUACAUCAUCCUGUAGAAUAUGCAAUUCCCUUGUGUUGUGACAACCAAUCAGCAAUACGUUUGGCAGAGAAUCCAAUUUUUCAUGCAAGAACUAAACAUGUGGAAGUGCAUUAUCAUUUUCUCAGGGAAAAAGUUCUACAAGGAGAAAUUGAGUUGUAG